GCCCAUCGUCAGUCGUGCUGAGCGAGCCGAGCGGAGAGAUGCGCGUUCUCUGAGCCGGGGGAAGGAAGGAAGGAAGGAAGGAAGGACCGGCUGCCGUUCCCUCGUCCGCUUCCUCACUUAUAACAACCUCCUCAUCACCAUCACCAGCAUCAGCAGCUCACCGCCCGGGGCACUCUGUCAUUACAAACACACUUCGGUUUCUGGGAGGAUUCUCUUUUUUUUUGGGCUUUGGAUUAUUAGAAUUUGCUACAGCCUACUUAGAAAUAGGCUUUAUCCGUGCGGAACGUCUGUGAGAGAGAAGGUGUGUCCGAAGGUGGAGUUCAGACCAUGGGGCACGAAACUGGACCAACCAUGAAGGUCGUGUGCUUCAAUCCAGGAAGUCGCCUCAAGGAAAAGUCACAAAACGCAGCUCUGAGUCACUGACGCAACCCAUUGACAAGGACAGCGUUCAUCUGAGCACUUUCACCUGUCCACUCUGUGGAUAUUUGAUAUUUUUUCCAUAUAUCUCUGAAUAAACUCGGCUGAGAAGAUCCGUCCAUUAUCAACAUUAGAUCUGCCUCAGAAGUAAAAGAAAAAGAACAAAACGGAUAUUGCAUUCUCUGCUAGACUGUAAAAUUAUCUAUGUGGAAUAUAACAUUGAGAAAAUAAAUCCUGGAGCACAGCCAUAAGCAGAUGUUAUUAUCACUUUGAGGAUCUAUCCCCAGUUCUAACCUCUGCUGGUGCACCGUGCUAUUCUCUACGAUGAAUCCCAACAGCCUACCUGGGCAUGUCCUCCUGCUGCUAAGUACUGUGCUGGGCUUGAGUGUAGGCUUACAGUUUACUGGCUCUGAGGGCCAGUGGGCUCGCUACCUGCGCUGGGACGCCAGCUCCAGAAGUGACCUGACAUUUCAGUUCAAGACACCAGAACCAGAAGGCCUGCUGCUCUACUUCGACGACGGCGGAUUUUGCGAUUUCCUGCUCCUGGCGGUGUCUGAGGGUAAGAUGCAGCUUCGCGUCAGCAUCGACUGCGCCGAGACCACCAUCACCUCCGAUAAAAUGGUCAACGACAGCCGCUGGCACUUUGCAGCCAUCAACAGGCACAAUUUGCGGACUGGCUUGGCCGUGGACGGCCAGACCAAGACGGAGGAGGUGCGGCCCCAGCGUCAGUUUAUGAAGAUCAUCAGCGACCUCUUCCUUGGAGGGCUCCCGGGGGACAUCCGCACGUCUGCCAUCACCCUGCCCUCUGUCCGUGAGCUACCACCGUUCAAGGGAAUUAUUACAGACCUCAGUUAUGGGAGUAAGCUGCCGACACUCAUCAAUAGUCAGAAGGUACGCUUGGAGAUGAUGGGCCUCUGCACGGAGAACCCCUGUGAGAAUGACGGGAUCUGCUUGCUGGCAGAUGGAGAACCCUACUGUGACUGCUCCAAAACUGGAUAUGUAGGUCGAUACUGCACUGAAGCAGUCCAGAGAAAACCAGGCCUCGCACACCUGAAGGCAGAGCAAGGUAGAAGCAAAGCGAGGGAGGAGAACGUGGCCACCUUCCGCGGCUCGGAGUACUUUUGCUACGACCUGUCGCAGAACCCCAUCCAGAGCAGCAGCGACGAGAUCACACUGUCCUUCAAAACCUGGCAACGCAACGGCCUCCUCCUACACACGGGGAAGUCCGCCGACUAUGUCAACCUGGCGCUCAAAGACGGGGCCGUGUCGCUCGUCAUCAAUCUGGGCUCCGGGGCCUUCGAGGCCAUUGUCGAGCCAGUCAAUGGAAAAUUCAAUGACAACGCCUGGCACGACAUCAAAGUGACACGCAACCUGAGACAGCAAUCAGGCAUUGGACACGCUAUGGUAAACAAACUACAUUGUCUGGUGACUAUCUCUGUGGAUGGAAUCCUCACCACCACUGGCUACACCCAGGAGGACUACACCAUGCUGGGCUCCGAUGAUUUCUUCUACGUGGGCGGGAGCCCCAGCACCGCGGACCUGCCCGGAUCUCCAGUUAGCAACAAUUUCAUGGGCUGCCUCAGAGAGGUGGUGUACAAGAACAACGAUAUCCGCUUGGAACUGUCCCGCCUCGCUCGCAUCGUUGACCCCAAGAUGAAGCUUCAAGGUGACAUUGCAUUCAAGUGCGAAAACGUCCCCACCCUAGAUCCCAUCAACUUCGAGACCCCCGACUCCUACCUGGCCUUGCCGAAGUGGAACACCAAACGCGUGGGCUCCAUCUCUUUUGACUUUCGCACGUCUGAGCCCAACGGGCUGAUACUCUUCACCCACGGUAAGGCGCAGGACCGACGGGACGCUAAGGGCCAGAAGAACAACAAGGUGGACUUCUUCGCCGUGGAGCUGCUGGACGGAGGGCUGUACCUCCUGCUGGAUAUGGGCUCCGGGACCAUCAAGGUCAAGGCCACACAGGCUAAGGUCAAUGACGGGGCCUGGCAUCAUGUGGACAUCCAGAGAGAUGGUCGCUCAGGCAUCAUCUCAGUAAACAGCCGCCGGACCCCUUUCACAGCCAGCGGGGAAAACGAGAUCUUGGACCUGGAGGGGGACCUUUAUCUGGGCGGUCUCCCUGACAACCGGGCCGGCUUGGUGCUCCCCACCGAGCUCUGGACCGCCAUGCUCAACUACGGCUAUGUGGGCUGCGUGCGGGAUCUGUUCAUCGACGGACGCAGCAAGGACAUCCGGCAGAUAGCCCAGUCCCAGAAUAUGACCGGCAUCAAAUCCUCCUGCAACAAAGUGACGGGGAAACAGUGCGACAGCAACCCGUGCAAGAACAACGGGGCGUGUAAGGAAGGGUGGAACCGCUUCGUCUGUGACUGCACCGGGACCGGCUUCUGGGAUAGUACCUGCGAGAGAGAAUCUUCGACCCUGUCUUACGACGGCAGCAUGUACAUGAAGGUGGUGAUGCCGAACGUCAUGCACACCGAGGCCGAGGACGUCUCCCUGCGUUUCAUGUCCCAGCGGGCGUUUGGCCUGCUCAUGGCCGCCACCUCCCGCGAGUCGGCUGACACGCUGAGGCUCGAGCUGGACAGCGGGAGGGUGAAACUGACUGUCAACCUAGACUGUGUCAGGAUAAACUGUAACACCAGCAAAGGCCCUGAGGUUCUUUAUGCCGGACAAAAGCUCAACGACAAUGAUUGGCACGCGGUACGAGUUGUCCGCCGCGGUAAAAACUUCAAACUCACUGUGGAUGACGACAUGGCCGAAGGCCAGAUGGUGGGCGACCACACCCGUCUGGAGUUCAACAACGUGGAGACGGGCAUCUUGACUGAGAGGCGCUUCGUUUCGUCCGCUCCCUCCUCCUUCAUAGGGCAUCUUCAGAGCCUGAAGUUUAACGGCAUGCAGUACAUCGACAUGUGCAAGAACGGGGACAUCGACUUCUGCGAGCUCAACGCCCGUUUCGGCAUGCGCUUCAUCAUCGCCGACCCCGUGACCUUCAAGACCAAGGGCAGCUACCUGGGCUUGGCCACGCUGCAGGCCUACAACACAAUGCACCUCUUCUUUCAGUUCAAAACCACGUCACCUGACGGUUUCAUCGUCUUCAACAGCGGAGACGGGAGCGACUUCAUCGCCGUGGAGUUGGUCAAAGGGUUCAUCCACUACGUGUUCAACCUGGGGAAUGGGCCGAGUCUGUUGAAGGGGAACAGUGACAACCCGCUGAACGACAACCAGUGGCACAACGUUGUCAUCACACGCGACGUCGCCAACACGCACACACUGAAGGUGGACUCAAAGUCAGUUACCCAGAAUGUCGACGGAGCAAAGAACCUCGACCUCAAAGGUGACCUGUUCAUCGGGGGUCUCGGACCCAACAUGUACCAGAACCUCCCGAAGCUGGUGGUUUCCCGUGAGGGCUUCCAGGGCUGCUUGGCCUCAGUGGACCUGAACGGCCGCCUGCCAGACCUCAUCAAUGACGCCCUUUUCCGCAGCGGGCAGAUUGAGCGUGGCUGCGAAGUUGGUUUCACCAAAGCCGACCUGCAAGGCCCAAGUACGACUUGCCAGGAGGACUCGUGUGCCAACAUGGGUGUGUGCAUCCAGCAGUGGGAGAACUUCACCUGUGACUGCUCCAUGACGUCUUACACGGGGACUAACUGCAACGACCCUGGCACCACCUACAUCUUCGGUAAAGGAGGGGGUCUGAUCACGUACACGUGGCCCAACAACGAGAGGCCGAGCACGCGGACGGACCGGCUGGCGGUGGGCUUCAGCUCCACCAUCAAAGACGGGAUCCUCGUGCGCAUCGACAGCGCCCCGCGUCUGGGAGACUACAUCAUGCUCCACAUCGAACAAGGCAAAGUAAGUGUGACUUUCAACAUCGGGACGGUGGACAUCAGUGUUAAGGAGACAACUACGGCGGUAAAUGAUGGCAAAUACCACUUGGUGCGAUUCACCAGGAAUGGGGGCAAUGCCACCUUGCAGGUGGAUAACUGGCCCAUCAAUGAGCACUUUCCCUCAGGCAACAGCGACAUUGAGCGCUAUCAAAUGGCAAAUAAGAAAAUCCCGUUCAAAUAUACCCGGCCAGUAGAAGAUUGGCUUCAGGAGAAAGGCCGGCAGCUGACAAUCUUCAACACUCAGGCCACUAUCUCCAUCGGCGGAAACGACCGCAAGCGGCCCUACCAGGGCCAGCUCUCUGGCCUCUACUACAAUGGCCUUAAAGUCCUCAACAUGGCCGCAGAGGGCCACGCCAACAUCAAGGUGAACGGCAGUGUGCGGCUGGUGGGCGACGUGCCGACGAGCCGGGGCGCGGCGCGCACCACCACCUCGGUGCCGCCGGAGAUGUCCACCACCUUCAUCGAGACCACCACCACCUUGUCCACCACGACCACGAGAAAACAGCGUUCACCACCCACCAUUCAGACGACAGAUGACAUUGUUUCGUCAGCGGAGUGCUCCAGCGACGACGAGGACCUGGAGGAGUGUGACUCCGGACAUGCAGGAGGGGAGCUAGUCAUCCCCGUGCUAGUCGAGGACCCCAUAGACAUCCCUUCUGUAUCCACCCGUUCUCCUUUCAUCCCCCUUCCCCCAACCCUCCGCCCCGUCCUCACCAUUAUUGAGACCACCAAAGAAUCCUUGGCCAUGGCCACUGAGGCGGGGGUACCUUGCUUGUCGGACCGAGGCAGCGAUGAUUGUGAUGAUGGUGAUGAUGGUGAUGAUGAUGAUGAUGAUGAUGAUGAUGGAAUGGUGAUUUCGGGGUUUGGCUCUGGCGAAGCUUUCGACUCUAGCCUGCCCCCGACUGACGAUGAAGAUUUUUACACCACCUUCUCCCUGGUAACAGAUAAGAUCUUGACCACAUCGGCCUAUGAAGGUGGCUACAAAGCCCUCGCACCCAAGUGGGAGGCCAAGGACUUGAGGCCUAGCAAAGCCUCUGAGGCAGGUAGGACUAUACCCACCUCGCCUCUACCCGACCUCCGGGGCACACCACCGGCGGCGGUCCCCUCGGACACGCCACCCAAGCUGCCUGCUGGGAAAAUGAACAACCGUGAGGUAAAACCCCCGCAGCCGGACAUAGUCCUGCUGCCCCUGCCCACAUCCUUUGAUGGGGACGGCACCAAGCCACGGGGGCCCUUCAUCACCUCGCCCAUGCUGCGCACAGUGCCCGCAGCCUUGCCCACAGUGCCCGGCGUGGUGCGGCGGGUGCCCCCGGGGGCAUCCGAGGUGAUCCGAGAAUCCAGCAGUACCACAGGCAUGGUGGUGGGCAUUGUCUCAGCCGCUGCCCUCUGCAUCCUCAUCCUCCUCUACGCCAUGUACAAGUACAGGAACAGGGACGAGGGUUCCUACCAGGUGGACGAGACGCGCAACUACAUCAGCAACUCGGCGCAAACCAAUGGCGCUGUGGUGAAGGAUAAAACACCCAGCGCCAGCGCCAAAGGCAGCGCCGGUAGCAAGAGACCGAAAGACAAGGACAAGGAAUAUUAUGUAUAGAAAUCAAGUCAUUUCCCAACACAUGAAAAUAACUGUUUGGAACAAAGUUAUAAACAUUUUGACAGUACCAUAUUGGCAACUGUGAUUUAAAAAGGAUAAAAAUCUCCUGAGAACUCAAGACUUGCUGAGUCACUGAAACAUUUACUAAAGAACUUUGGCUUCUGGAAGCACACUUACUAUUGUAAGCAUUACGGAGAGACAAUGCAGUACAACUUCACCGGGAUUCAACACAGACCUUUCAAAGGAGUCCCUGCUGCAGACAUUUGGCAGUGUGAAUAAUUAUCACUCUUUAACAUCCACACGACCCCAAGUGACUGUCAAAGAGGUGUGUGACCCUUGGAGAUCUGACAACCUUGUCCAUUGUAACCCUGUAAAAUACGAUCACUGUCAUUUCAGCCAUUCUGAGCAUGCAUGUGAGGUGUAUGUGACGUGGUGCUGGCAUCUGUGUAAGUGAGGGACCUCAAGAAACAAUGAUUGUCGGGAAAGUUGGAAGUCAAAACGUGAUUUCACAUUACAAAUGGUUUCAUUAAAUGUAGCUGUCAUGGAUGCGAUAUGAGGUAAAGUAUAUGUACUUAAAGCUGUCUUUUUAUUUCUUUGUGUUUCUUUGGUUUGUUUUUUAUUUAUUUGUUUGUAAUUUAUUUAGCGAUUGGGUUUGGGUCUGUAUUUGUGUGGGAGGAUGACGUGCAGUCAGGGCUGACUAGGCAGUGCUCAGUGACCGCUCAGCAGGAUGUGAUACAGUCAUGUAUCUCAAUAUUUCCCUCUCCCUCCCUCACGUCUCGGCUAAGGAUUGGACUGCUGUGCGUGGCAUCCAAAUAAAAGAUGGUGUUCAAGCGUGCGAAAGUGGAACCGCCAGGCAAAUUGCACAUUGUUACUUCUCUGAAUUUUAAAUCUCUGAUAGGGUUUUCCCUUUUUUUCUUUCUUUUCAUUUGUUUGGGUCCAGUUUUCUGACAAAUUUGCGUUAUCACAAUUUGUCUGGCCGAGAUUUACUUUUUACAAUCUUACAAAAGAGAAACGUCCAGGCUAAAGACUCCAGUGUGAACAAGCGUGAUUCUAUGUGUUGUCACAGACGACUGUGUCAAAAACAGCAAAUAUGUUUACAUAUUUUAUUACAUCAUAGCCGUUGUGCUUUGCAGGUCAAUAUUGUACAGAAAAUCCAAGAUUCUGUUCAGUUUUUUUAAACCCACUUCUUGUACAGACAGACCAUUUGAUUUUUCUGCUGUAGCAACAUGACAAAAAAUGAUUUUUAUUCUUUCACCAGGAACACCUGGGGAUAAAAAAAAAAGAUGUGCACAGGAACAUUUGUUUAGGCCAGAGCAAAUGUUGUUAGAUUAGACGUCUCGUCUCUGGAUGGUGUUUCUCUUCAGUCGCAUGAAUAUUUGACCAUCAAGUCGAACAGAAAACACCUCCCUCAGAUCUUGUAUUAGGGACUCCUCUUUAUUCUCCAAUUAAUUUCAUCAUGUGAUUUAUUUUUUUAUUGGAAAUUUAAAAACAUCAGAACAAGAAAAUAAAGACAGAUAAUGAUGGAUUUGGAUCUGUUGCUAGCACCUUACUGACUUAACAGGUGUUUAUUUUUGUUUCUAUUCUUCCUUUUUUUAAACUGUGUCAAUGUUCUCGUCUGCUCAACUUGUCUUUUUGCAUUUUUUUUUUGUUGCUGUUACGUAGCUUAAUUUUAUGUCUCAUUUUUAUGACAUUACCCUCUGGCAAUAUGUUGUUGUUUUUUUUCAAAAUUCAUUAUUUACUGCUGAAGUUAUUUGUUCUCAUUUAUCUUCAAGCAAAAUCAGUCAGUGUUCACUUUGAGUUUUUGUGUUGGUACUUGACAUUUUGACCAGUUAUUUAUUAUUGUCUUAUGCUCCUUUGACUCCAAACGAUUCCCCGAAAUAAAAAAAAUGUUGUUCCCAAAAAA